UACACUUCCGGGUACUUUGCAUGAUGAUUGCUAACGGAGAUGAGACUAUAGGAACGGUUUUACUCGGUGUCUGUUAUUGUUCGUUGGCGUCUGCUCGUGUGCUGACGACGCGAAGCUUAUCGCGAGAAAAGGGAUACGAGUUCUUACCCAUGACCAUCAAUGUCCAAGCCGAGUUGCUGAAGUUGUUGGUGUGUGGAGGGUUUGCACUGCGACUCAUUGCGAAAGGGAAAGAGUCAAUGUCUGAAGUAAAAUGCAAUUUCAAUGUACGCCUACUCAAAUGGGCAGUUCCUGGUUUUCUUUACUUCUUGGACAAUUUGCUGAGCUUCUACAUUCUGGCAAGACUCUCUCCCGCGGUCGCUGUUCUGGUCGGUAACUUUGUCAUCAUUACAACAGCCAUUCUGUUUAGAUUGGUAUUAAAACAGAAGCUAACGUUAUCUCAGUGGGCAUCACUAGGCAUUCUCUUCCUUGCCAUUGUGUCGUUAUCAAACCAGUCAAAGUUGCAGACAUCGCAACACAACGGACCCCACAGCGUCAACCAUGCUGCUCAUGAGCAUAGUGUAUCUCUGGCGGUGACUAAAAAAUGCAAAGCUAAGAGUUACAACACUCUCGUUGCAGUUAACAUGAGCACCGAGGAAGAACCUGAAAGCAUCUUUACUCAGUACGAAGGCCACUUUUUUGUACUUAUCUCAUGUUGUCUUUCGGCUCUGGCAAAUAUCUAUAAUGAAAAGAUCCUAAAGGAGGACAAUGGAAUACAAGAGAGCAUCUACAUUCAGAACUCAAAACUUUAUAUUUUCGGCAUAUUUUUUAGUUCUCUCUCGUUGAUACUCUUCUAUCACCGCUUCCUCUUUGAUUGUGGAUUUUACUAUGGUUACAGUCUGCUGACUCUUCUAUUGAUCGUCAUUGGUGCAUCUUUGGGGCUUACAGUCUCAUUGAUACUGAAGUAUCGUGACAAUAUGUUUCAUAUUUUUGCCUCACAAAUGACAACUGUUAUCGUCAUAACAGUUUCGUGGCUGCUUCACGACUUCAGACCGACUGUCGACUUCUUUCUGCUUGCUCCGAUUGUUUUACUAGCAAUAUAUGUUUACAUACAGAGCAAAGAUAAAGAAAUUGUAGUUUCACAAGGGUAG